GCGCGCCGCUCAGGUGACAGGAGCCUCCGCGCGCGACGUCACUUCCGCUCGAAACCUGAGCCUUCCAUAGAAACAAAUUUCCCCGUGAUUCGUUAAAGACGAAAAGGUUUUUAAAACGGAGGGUUUUGUGUAUAAAACAAGGUGACAGAGGAUUGUGUAGAUGUUCAGGGAGAAGGAAAACUGGAGAAAAGGAAAAAAGUGGAGUAACCGACCCGGGAGCUGAGUUUAAAAGUUUUUUUUGUUGUUUUUUUCAUGUUUUAGUCAGUAGACGGAGCUGAGGUGAGGUGAGAGAAGAAAGAAUUAUCGUCAAAACGUCAUUUUAAGUCAAAUUCCAGAGGUAGAAGGAUAGUAAAAUAGUGAAAUAGUGUGAAAUAUAGUUUGUUAUUUACUGAGGCGGUUAAAUUUGACCGUUAACGGUUUUUAAAGUUAGCCGUUGGAAAAGCCUGUUUGAGGUGCGCGCGACCGGACUGAAGGUUUUUGAAGUGAGCGCGCGAUGCGUGUGUGAGUCCCAGGACGCUGUAGAGGAGAAGAGUGUGAUGAGAAAGAUCAGUGUGUGUGAGUGUGUGAGUGAGUGAGUGAGUGUGUGUGUGUGUGUGAGAGAGAGAAAUGUGUGUAAGGCGCAGACAUGGGACUGUGUUUGGGCUCCGAGGUCACGGAGGAAGGAAAGAAGGCGAAGCUGCACAGCGCGGAGAUCGACCGCGAGCUGUACGAGCACGCGCGCAGGGAGAUGAACGUGGUGAAGGUCCUGCUGCUCGGAGCUGCUGAGAGUGGUAAGAGCACACUGGUUAAACAGAUGAAGAUCAUUCACAGCAACGGCUUCACCAAACAAGAGCUGAGCAGCUUUAAGCCGGCCGUGUUGGACAACCUGCUGACGUCGAUGAAGUUUGUGCUGCAUGGGAUGGGCGUGCUACGGAUCAACCUGGCCAACAGCAAGAACAAGGUCCACGCCCACUCCGUUCUGUCAUGUGGGCGGUGCUUCGAUGAAGAGCAGGUGCUCUUUCCAUUCAUAAGCCACGCCCUUUCCUGUCUGUGGGCGGAUCAGGGGGUGCGGUCUGCGGCGGCGCGAGGCUACGAGUACGAACUCAACGACUCGGCGCUCUAUUUUUUCGAUAACAUGGCCCGGAUCGUGUCGCCGGACUACGUGCCCUCGGAGAUGGACGUGCUGAGGGUCAGAAUCCGGACCACAGGCGUCAUCGAGACCCAGUUUAAAGUCAAACACCUGGUGUUCAGGCUGUAUGACGUCGGAGGCCAGCGGACGGAGAGGAGGAAGUGGAUCAGCUGUUUCGAGGACGUCAGGGCCGUGCUGUUUGUCGUCGCUCUGAGCGGAUACGACAUGACGCUGGUGGAGGAUCCUUCCAUGAACCGACUGCAGGAGAGCCUCAGGCUGUUUUCCUCCAUCUGCAACAACGUGUUCUUCAGGAGCACCUCCAUGAUUUUAUUCAUGAACAAAAUCGAUCUUUUCCAAGAGAAGAUCCUGCACUCAGGUCGUCACCUCAGACACUACCUGCCGCUCUACAAAGGUGCCGACUGUGAUGUGGAUUCUGCCGCUCGCUUCAUCGCCUCCACGUUUGUCUCUCAGAACACCACGCCCAGGAAGCUGAUCUAUCACCACUUCACCACGGCGACGGACACCUCCAACGUGCAGGUGGUGUUCCAGGUGGUAAUGGACACCAUCAUGAAGGAGAACCUGGAGGCAGUUUCACUGCUCUGAGAUCCGAUUUACAGAUUGAACCUCUACACAGUCAUCUCAUUUCUCCUCCAUGUGAAACCUGCAGAACUGCACCAGGAUACACACACACACACACACACACAGUCUCACUGUUCACAGCUCACCAUGAUGUUUUCCUGAGGUCCUGAGCUGUCCGAGGUGCUGAACCCCAACACACUCCUCAGCUCAGAAACAGACACUGCCAUGUGUGUGUGACGCGACGGAAAGAAAUACAGAGGAAACCUGGUGAGAGAGAGAGAGAGAGAGAGAGAGUAGUUACAGAUGAGAUGUAAAUGAUUGAGAUGUAGUGAGAGUUGGUGUGUGAGAGGUUUACAGGGAGAGAGAGAGCGAGAGAUACAGAGACUGAGGUGAUGGAUGUAGAGAGUGAGACAGAGAGAUACUGAGAGUGAUGGAGAAAGAGAAAGUAAGAGGAUAGAUAAGGAGAGACAGAUUAGGAUUGAUAUAUACAAAAAGACAGAUUGAAGGAGAUAGUGAGAGAGUGAAAGACAGAGUGAGUGAGAGUGGAGAGAGAGAGAGAGAGAGCAAGGGAUUGAGAUAUGCUGAGAGACUGCGUGAUGGAGAGAGUGCAUGUGAUGAAGACUGAGAGAGAAAUAAAGAGAGAUAGAGACUGAUGGUCAUGAAGAAAGAGAGAUCGAUAAAUAUAUUAAGAUAAAUAGAGAGACAGAGAGAGGGAGACUGAGAGAGAUGGAUAUGGAGAUAGAGAUAGAGAGACUGAGAGGUGGAUAUGGAGAGAUAGAGAGACUGAGAGAUGGAUAUGGAGAUAGAUAGAGAGACUGAGAGAUGGAUAUAGAGAGAGAGAGAUAGAGACUGAGAGAGAUGGAUAUGGAGAGAGAGAUAGAGAGACUGAGAGAAAUGGAUAUGGAGAGAGAGAGAUAGAGAGACUGAGAGAUGGAUAUGGAGAUAGAGAGAGAGACAGAGAGAUGGAUAUGGAGAGAGAGAUAGAGAGACUGAGAGAUGGAUAUGGAGAUAGAGAUAGAGAGACAGAGAUGGAUAUGGAGAGAGAGAUAGAGAGACUGAGAGAUGGAUAUAGAGAUAGAGAGACUGAGAGAUGGAUAUAGAGAUAGAGAGACUGAGAGAUGGAUAUGGAGAUAGAGAUAGAGAGACAGAGAUGGAUAUGGAGAUAGAGAUAGAGAGACUGAGAGAUGGAUAUAGAGAUAGAGAGACUGAGAGAUGGAUAUGGAGAGAUAGAGAUAGAGACUGAGAGAGAUGGAUAUGGAGAUAGAUAGAGAGACUGAGAGAUGGAUAUAUAGAGAGAGAGAUAGAGAGACUGAGAGAGGUGGAUAUGGAGAGAGAGAUAGAGAGACUGAGAGAUGGAUAUGGAGAGAUAGAGAGACUGAGAGAUGGAUAUAGAGAGAGAUAGAGAGACUGAGAGAUGGAUAUAGAGAGAUAGAGAGACUGAGAGAUGGAUAUGGAGAGAUAGAGAGACUGAGAGAUGGAUAUGGAGAGAUAGAGAUGUGGUGAGAUGGAGGGAGUGAGAUAGAGGUAGAGAUAUGAAGAGAGGGGGAUAACGAUAUCUCUCCAUCUGCAGGAACCCUUUAAAAAAGGAAGAUAAAAGCAUUAACUAUUGAAGAGGACCUUAAAGGAUGAAGAAAGAAAGAAAGAGAGAGGGAGAGGUGGAGAGAGGGAUAGAGUGAGAUAUGUAUUAUAUACACAUACACACGGGUGACAAAUUAAAGGAAAAAGUGGCGUCUCUGUUAUGCAGUAAGGGCAUUUACUGAAUUUUUAGCUCUCAUGGUUCUUCUGGUGGGCGUGGUCUCUUCAGGAUGACUCCGCCCCCUUCCACAGGACAGGAGGACUCACUGAAGGCUGUGCUGCUGCUGAUGAUGAUGAUGAUGAUGAUGAUGAUGAUGAUACGAACACUUGUGGGAGACACCACCCGAGGGAAGAACUUUCAGAAGAACACUUCCACAGAUGUGGAGAUGCUCUUCCCACCCCCAUUUCAAAUAAUAAUGAAGACAUUUAUACUGUAAUGUAGAACAUAUGGAAUCAUGCAGUGACCUGCUUUAAAAAGAAUUAAUAUUUUACAAUUCAAUAUUUUAAAUUCUUAACAGUGUUCCUCACGAAGCUUCACACACUCUCGCCGUCUUCUCCACCAGCGUCACGACGGAGGUUUCAGCCUGGAGCUUUUCUUAAAGUUGCCAGAUUAGAAGGUGUUGAUUAAUUUCCUAUAACAGCAUCUCCAAUAACAUUGUAAUAUGUUACCGUUUCUAUAGCAACAGCUGAUUUACAGGGACGAGUACAGAGAACAUCCAGCAUAAACAGAUUUUAAAAAUUAGCUGGUAGAACAGUUUCUUAAAAAAAAGAGACAUUUAUUUAACAUUAACAUUCAUGGAAGGAGUCUCCAGUGUCAGUUCUUUGUAACAGUCCAAGGGAAAGCUGUCAUCUUUUACAACAGUGGAAAAUGUAUUGAAUCGAUUGUGUGUGUGUGUGUGUGUGUGUGUGUGUGUGUGUGUGUGUGUGUGUGUGUGUGUAUAUAUACAUGUACAGUGUGUCCAUUGCUGGUCCGUUUGCUCAUGCGUACGUACCGGAGUGUGUUUCCUCUUCCUGUUAAUAUUUACCAGAGAAAGAGCUCUGAGUUAAUGAUCGUCAGGAGGGAAUGUGUGUUUUUACAACACACUUCAGUCCACACACACACACACACACACACACACACACACACACAGAGACACACAGAGCGAGUGUGUGUGUGUCGUGCAGCAAUAAUCUGUUUAAUUGUACUGUUUUUAUUAGGGGGCCAAGCACCAAAGGUGUGUAGACACCCUGUUGGAAUUCUCUUUUCUUUUCUU